CAUGAAGUUAACGAUCGGACGAGCCUACAUACAUAUGACACUAUGGUCGCGCAGCACGACCACGACCACGACGGCGACCGAGAGAGCAAGAAAGCCGUUUGCUACACCGUCCGUUCGCUCCGCGCGUUCUUGAAGGAUCGCUACUUCAGCCGCUGGAAGCAACUCUUCAAACGAGCCCGGGAGUGGGAUCGGACGGCGCACGAUGCAGCACCUGAUAUGCGGCAAUGUUCUCCGGGAUCAAGAAGCGGACUAAACUCAGGCUCUAGUUCCCCAAAGAGUGCGUCUAAGUUGAAAUUUCAAACGCCGAGAUCCCGGUCGGCAUCUGCGUCACCAUCGUCUCCGCUUGCAAGUCGAGUGCCCUGCGCUUCUUCCUUCAGAAGCAGCACGCGGAAUAAGACGAAUGUAGCGGCUGGGAGUAGAGGUGGAUCAGCGAUGAAUGCGAGUUCUGCCAUAGUUGCGAGCAACGGAAAAGGUCAAGCAAGGAAUCAGGAACCUGAUAAUUUCCAGACCCCGUUCUCCGCGAAACCGCCAAGACCUGCUCCGAUUUCCGACGCUUCGACCUCGCCGCGGAAGUCGUCUGCACGAAAGAGCCACCGCUUACGGCGCAAACAGUCCUGGAACCACACGACGACUGGGGUUACGCAUCUUCAAAGCGUUGUCCCGCCGGCAGGCAGGCCCAGUAGCCACAACAAGGAGAGCAUAAGUGUGAACAAGCAGAACUUCAGCGCACUGGCGUCUUUCUCUUCCAACCUCCCCGGCAGCUAUAACAGCAACCCGAUCGACCUGGCUGAGACCACUUUUCUGAAACAAAACGAAGCGAGCUCCGGGCGCGACCAGUUUUUGUACGAGCUGCGCGAGUUCCAGACGGAGGUGCGCGCAAAUUUUCAAAGCCCGCUGGUGCGCAAGCGACCGCUCAAGGGAAAGUUGCCACCCGAUUGUUCCCCAGCGUUGAUGUUGACGGGUCCGGUAAUACCGAGUCCGGCAGUUGUGAAUUCAUCUUUCAGUGCAACGAGAGGACGAAAGGUACCAUGAGCAGCUUGAUGCCCACGCAAGAAUGAUCCAACGAAGAUGCUUGACUUCCACGAUAGUUUUUUUGAUCUAUACAGUUCCAGAUGUAAGUAAAAACUGAACAAUGUUAAUGUUUCAAUACAGGAUUCCUUCCUUGAUUCGGAGAGACUUUUGUUGGGCGCUGGUUGCGAGCGCGCAGCUGCGGAGAAUGGUGAGGGCGACGGCUUCCAGCGGUGGCGGGUCGGUGUGGCAUCGCUGAUUCUUGAGAAAAUUUACCAAGCCCGACUAGAAAAGAUUCACAAGUUUUCGGCAAAACAGGACCAGGGGCGCAACUCCAGUAGCUAGAGGCCUACUACUACACGAGGUGGAAACAGUAGCCGGCACCGAGGUAAGGAGUGCCCUUCGCAAGUAACUAAACUAUGUGUUCAAGAUUAAGAGUAAGCAUUAGUCAAGUUUCACAGAAUGGAGCCGUAUACAAAACGUAAUUAAUGCUACGACAUGAAAAUAGUUACAUUACAUCCAGUCCUCAGUCUCAUCAAUGACAUUUAGUUUCCGGUUUGUAGUUGUAGAAGAAUCAUCAAAAGAAUUGUUGUCGGAAUAUCUAAAAGUAAUUUUCAUCAACAAAAACUAAAACGCAUGAGAGUAAAUGUUAGCAUGUGCAUGACUGACAAGAAGAAGAAAGUCAUGAAGACUUCUGAAAUUGCUUGAACAACAUAGUCUUGAUGUAAAAUCCCUCCGGUUUUGGUCCUGCUAGUAUAGUCACGCAGCAAGAGCUAGUAGUAGUAAGUUCCGCUGCAAUAGAAAAUUUCAAAAGUUCAGUUUGACGCCCUUCCG